CUGCGCGGAGCCCCGCAGCCAGCGGAGCCUUCCCGGGAAGCGCGGCGGCCGCUCGAGAGCGCUGCGCUGCCCUGCCCAGCCCGCCAGCCGCGCGUCCCGGUGCCCGCGCCCCACGGCCACAGCCUUGCUGCGCUAUAGCGCACGGAGCAUGUGCAGACCCGCAGGCGCCGAGGUGCUAUCUGUCCGGCGGGCUUCUGGGCAGUGGUGACUGUCACGCGUAGAGAGACCUUUCGGGAGCUCUCGCCGCGCCUCUGCGUAGCGGGUGACACUGCGGUGCUCGCGAUCAGGGCGGCAGCUGCCUCUCGGUGAAGACGUCUUGGGCUCCGUGCGCCCUCCCUCUCCCCCCUAUCGUUCUUUCCCUUCCCCAGCUGCUCGCUCCUUAGCUCGCCCGCUCACACCCGCAGCCUCCCGGAGCGGGAGGCGUGGGUCCCCGCCGCUUCUCUUCCAAAGGGGCCUCCUCACUUCGGAGAUGCAGUGACAAGUUAAUAUGGGCGUCCAAGCCUCGAGUUCCCAGGAGGAGAAUCACAAGAGGCAACAGCUCCUGAGCACCCGGAGCCCUUGAACAGGCCGCCCAGGAGGGGCGUGAAACCCGGCUGCAGCAUCCGUCCAGGUGGGACCAGCUGAGCGCCGCGACCAAGGCGAGCUCGCCGGAUUGCUCCGAGAUCCCCGACCCGGGGAUAUUUUUUUCUUUCCCUCGGCUGGUGGUGGGCGCCUCUCGGGCCGAAGCCCGGCGCCUGCUCUGCUGCCCGCGCUGCCUUUAGCGGUCGCCUCCGCCGCCGCUGCCAGGGACGUGCUGGGAAAGCCGAAGCCCCGGGAGAAGAUGCCGGCCAUCCUGGUCGCCUCCAAAAUGAAGUCGGGACUGCCCAAACCCGUGCACAGCGCCGCGCCCAUCCUGCACGUGCCCCCAGCCCGGGCGGGCCCCCAGCCCUGCUACCUCAAGUUAGGAAGCAAGGUGGAGGUGAGCAAGACCGCCUACCCUAGCCAGAUCCCCCUGAAAUCGCAGGGGCUGCAGGAGCCGGCGGGGGAGGGGCUCCCGCUGCGGAUGAGCGGCUCGGUGGAAAACGGGUUCGAUACCCAGAUCUACACGGACUGGGCCAAUCAUUAUCUAGCCAAAUCAGGCCACAAACGUCUCAUCAAGGAUCUCCAGCAAGACGUGACGGACGGCGUCCUCCUGGCCCAGAUUAUCCAGGUUGUGGCAAAUGAGAAGAUUGAAGACAUCAAUGGCUGUCCAAAGAACAGAUCGCAAAUGAUUGAAAACAUAGAUGCCUGCUUGAAUUUCCUGGCAGCUAAGGGAAUAAACAUCCAGGGGCUGUCUGCAGAAGAGAUCAGGAAUGGAAACCUCAAGGCCAUUCUAGGCCUCUUCUUCAGCCUCUCCCGGUACAAGCAGCAGCAGCAGCCCCAGAAGCCGCACCUCCCCUCGCCACUGCUGCCCUCCGUGUCCCCGGCGGCCGGGGCCCCCUCCCAGUGCCAGGCUGGCGCUCCUCAGCAACAGGUGCCCGCCGCUCCCCAAGCCCCGUGCCAGCCUCACCAGCCAGCGCCGCACCAGCCGUCCAAAGCACAAGCUGAGAUGCAGUCCAGUGCAUCUUCCAAGGACUCAUCACAAAGCAAAAUCAUCCGCUUCACUCUGGGUCAGAAAAAGAUCUCUAGACUUCCAGGUCCUACCGCGAGGGUAUCCGCUGCAGGCAGCGAGGCCAAAACACGCGGAGGGUCAGCCACUGCUAACAACCGACGGAGCCAGAGCUUUAACAACUAUGACAAGUCCAAACCGGUCACCUCCCCACUCCCACCCCCACCAGCAAGCAGCCAUGAGAAAGAGCCUUUGGCGAGUCCGGCCCCCUCCCACCCCGGAAUGAGCGAAGAUGCACCUGCUGCUCUGGAGGGCGGCGGCUGCGCCCCUGGUAAUUGCAGCGCCUCCUCGGCCAUCCCCCAGCCCGGCACGGCCUCCAAGCCCUGGCGCAGCAAGUCGGUCAGUGUGAAGCACAGCGCCACGGCUGCCACGCUUUCGGUCAAGCCUCCUGCACCCGAGGCCCCCAGGCCCACCCCCGAAGCCCUGAAGCCAGCCCCCAACAAUCAGAGGUCCAUGCUGGAAAAACUGAAACUUUUCAACAGCAAGGGGGCUUCCAAGGUGGGUGAGGGCCCGGGGUCACGGGACACAAGCUGUGAGCGGCUGGAGAUCCUGCCCAGCUUCGAAGAGAGCGAAGAGAUGGAGGCCGGCGGUCGCCCGCUGUCCGCGGCGGGCCCCACCUCCAACAGCCCCAAGAUCGCGCUCAAGGGCAUUGCCCAGAGAACUUUCAGCCGGGCGCUGACCAACAAGAAGAGUUCCCCGAAAGGCAGCGAGAAGGAAAAGGAGAAACAGCAGCGGGAGAAGGAGAAGGAGAAAAGCAAGGACCUCGCCAAGAGAGCCUCGGUGACAGAGAGGCCGGACCUCAAGGAGGGUCCGAGAGAAGACCUCAGCGGGGUGGCGGUGACCGAGGUGCCAAAAAAGUCCUCCAAGAUCGCCAGCUUCAUCCCCAAAGGGGGGAAGCUCAACAGUGCCAAGAAGGAGGCCCCAGCCCCUUCGCACAGCGGGAUACCAAAACCAGGAAUGAAGAGCAUGCCCGGGAAAUCCCCAAGUGCCCCCGCGCCUUCCAAGGAUGGGGAGCGGAGCCGGGGUGGGAAGCCGAGCUCGGGGCUCCCCCAGCAGAAGCCCCAGCUGGACGGCAGACACUCCAGUUCCUCCUCCAGCCUGGCGUCCUCGGAAGGCAAAGCCCCAGGAGGGACCACCCUGAAUCACAGCAUCAGCAGCCAGACUGUCAGUGGGUCCGUCGGGACCGCCCAGACCACGGGAAGCAAUACUGUCAGCGUCCAGCUACCUCAGCCCCAGCAAUACAGCCACCCCAACACGGCCACGGUGGCGCCUUUCCUGUACAGGUCCCAGACAGACACCGAAGGGAAUGUUACUGCCGAGUCCAGCUCAGGGGGUGUGACCGUGGAGCCCAGCCACUACACCAAGAGUGGACAGCCUGCCCUGGAGGAACUCACUGGGGAAGAUCCCGAGGCUCGGCGACUGCGGACAGUGAAGAACAUCGCUGAUCUGCGGCAGAAUUUGGAGGAGACCAUGUCCAGUUUACGGGGAACUCAGGUUACACACAGCACAUUGGAAACCACGUUUGACACCAAUGUCACCACGGAGAUCAGCGGGCGCAGUAUCCUCAGCUUGACGGGCAGGCCCACUCCCCUGUCCUGGAGGCUCGGCCAGUCCAGCCCUCGGCUGCAGGCGGGAGACGCCCCCUCGAUGGGCAACGGGUACCCGCCCCGAGCCAACGCCAGCCGCUUCAUCAACACCGAGUCGGGCCGCUACAUGUACUCUGCCCCCCUGCGGAGGCAGCUGGCCUCCAGGGGCAGCAGCGUCUGCCACGGGGACGUCUCAGACAAGGCAGGAGAUGAGAUGGACUUGGAGAGCAUCAGCAUGGACGCCCCCGGCUACAUGAGCGACGGGGACGUUCUGAGCAAGAACGUGCGGGCGGACGACAUCACGAGCGGGUACAUGACCGAUGGUGGACUUGGCCUCUACACCCGCCGCCUGAACCGGCUCCCUGAUGGGAUGGCUGUGGUGCGGGAGACCCUGCAAAGAAACACCUCCCUGGGCCUCGGAGAUGCUGACAGCUGGGAUGACAGCAGCUCCGUCAGCAGCGGUAUCAGCGACACCAUAGACAACCUCAGCACGGAUGACAUCACCAGCUCCUCCAUCGGCUCCUAUGCCAACACGCCUGCCUCCUCGCGUAAGAGCCUGGAUGUCCAGACCGACGCUGAGAAACACUCACAGGUGGAGAGGAAUUCCCUGUGGUCCGGCGACGAUGUCAAGAAGUCAGACGGAGGGUCAGACAGUGGCAUAAAGAUGGAGCCGGGGUCGAAGUGGAGGCGGAAUCCUUCUGAUGUGUCUGACGAGUCCGACAAAAGCACGUCGGGCAAGAAGAACCCCGUCAUCUCUCAGACAGGCUCGUGGCGGCGAGGCAUGACAGCUCAGGUGGGCAUCACCAUGCCGAGGACGAAGCCGGCUGCCCCGGCAGGCACGCUCAAGACCCCAGGAACUGGAAAAACAGAUGAUGCAAAGGUGUCUGAGAAAGGAAGGCUGUCUCCCAAAGCCUCCCAGGUGAAGCGCUCCCCGUCAGAUGCUGGCCGCAGCAGCGGUGAUGAAUCCAAGAAACCCCUCCCCGGCAGCUCCAGGACGGCCACUGCCAAUGCCAACAGCUUUGGGUUCAAGAAGCAGAGUGGCUCUGCCGCUGGUUUGGCCAUGAUCACAGCCAGUGGGGCCACUGUCACCAGCAGGUCAGCCACGCUGGGCAAAAUCCCAAAGUCGUCCGCACUUGUCGGUCGGUCCACCGGUCGGAAGACAAGCAUGGAUGGGGCUCAGAAUCAGGAUGACGGGUAUCUGUCUCUCAGCUCCCGGACAAAUUUACAGUACCGGAGUCUGCCAAGGCCCAGUAAAUCCACCAGCCGGAAUGGGGCUGGGAACAGGUCUAGUACCAGCAGCAUAGAUUCCAACAUCAGUAGCAAGUCAGCAGGCCUGCCGGUGCCCAAGCUGAGGGAGCCUUCCAAGACAGCCCUGGGCAGCUCUCUGCCAGGUCUGGUCAACCAGACCGAUAAGGAGAAAGGCAUCUCAUCUGACAACGAGAGCGUGGCUUCCUGUAACUCAGUGAAGGUGAACCCGGCAGCCCAGCCUGUGUCUGGUGCGGCUCAGGCCACUCUCCAGCCAGGGGCCAAGUACCCUGAUGUAGCCUCUCCCACGCUCCGCAGACUCUUUGGUGGGAAGCCUACCAAGCAAGUGCCCAUCGCCACAGCCGAAAACAUGAAAAACUCGGUGGUCAUCUCCAACCCUCAUGCCACCCUGAGCCAGCAAGGUAACUUAGAGUCCCCCUCGGGCAGCGGCGUCCUGAGCAGCGGCGGCAGCAGCCCUCUCUACAGUAAGAACGCAGACAGCACCCAGUCCCCCCUGGCCUCCAGCCCCGGCUCCGCCCACUCGGGCCCCUCCAACAGCCUCACGUGGGGCACCCACGCCAGCAGCUCCUCGGCCAUUAGCAAGGACGGCCUGGGCUUCCAGUCGGUCAGCAGCCUCCACACCAGUUGCGAGUCCAUUGACAUCUCCCUGGGCAGCGGAGGGGCGCUGAGUCACAACUCCUCCACCGGCCUCAUUGCCGCCUCUAAGGAUGACGCCCUGACCCCCUUUGUCAGAACCAACAGUGUGAAGACCACACUGUCGGAAAGCCCUCUCUCUUCCCCUGCCGCUAGCCCUAAGUUCUGCAGAAGUACUCUGCCCAGGAAACAGGACAGUGACCCGCACCUUGAUAGGAACACUUUGCCUAAAAAAGGACUCAGGUACACCCCCACCUCCCAGCUUCGCACACAAGAAGACGCAAAAGAAUGGUUACGGUCGCACUCUGCAGGAGGCCUGCAGGACACUGCGGCCAACUCUCCUUUCUCCUCUGGCUCCAGCGUAACUUCUCCCUCUGGAACAAGAUUCAACUUUUCUCAGCUUGCGAGUCCCACCACUGUCACCCAGAUAAGCUUGUCCAACCCGACCAUGCUGAGGACCCACAGCCUCUCCAACGCCGACGGGCAGUAUGACCCGUACACGGACAGCCGCUUCCGGAACAGCUCCAUGUCCCUGGACGAGAAAAGCAGAACCAUGAGCCGCUCAGGCUCAUUCCGGGAUGGGUUUGAAGAAGUUCAUGGUUCCUCACUCUCCUUGGUUUCCAGCACGUCAUCAAUUUAUUCUACACCAGAAGAAAAAUGCCAGUCAGAGAUUCGCAAACUACGGCGGGAGCUGGAUGCCUCCCAGGAGAAGGUUUCCGCUUUGACCACCCAGCUGACAGCAAAUGCUCACCUCGUGGCGGCCUUUGAACAGAGUCUUGGAAACAUGACAAUCAGGCUCCAGAGCUUAACCAUGACGGCUGAGCAGAAGGAUUCAGAACUGAAUGAGUUAAGAAAAACCAUUGAGCUGCUGAAGAAACAGAACGCAGCUGCCCAGGCGGCCAUUAAUGGGGUAAUUAACACCCCAGAGCUCAACUGCAAAGGAAAUGGUACCUCCCAGUCCGCAGACCUCCGUAUCCGCAGACAGCAUUCCUCCGACAGCGUCUCCAGCAUCAAUAGUGCCACCAGUCACUCCAGCGUGGGCAGCAACAUAGAGAGUGAUUCAAAGAAGAAGAAGAGAAAGAAUUGGUUACGCAGCUCCUUCAAGCAAGCCUUCGGGAAGAAGAAGUCCCCCAAGUCGGCAUCCUCUCAUUCAGACAUUGAGGAGAUGACGGAUUCUUCUCUGCCUUCUUCACCAAAGUUACCACACAACGGUUCCAUGGGCUCCACUCCCCUGCUGAGGAACUCUCACUCCAAUUCUCUCAUCUCGGAGUGCAUGGAUAGUGAAGCCGAGACGGUCAUGCAGCUCCGAAACGAGCUGAGAGACAAGGAGAUGAAGCUGACUGACAUCCGCCUGGAAGCCCUCAGCUCUGCACACCAGCUGGACCAGCUGCGGGAGGCCAUGAACAGGAUGCAGAGUGAAAUAGAGAAGCUGAAAGCUGAGAACGACCGGCUGAAGUCGGAGUCUCAAGGCAGUGGCUGCAGCCGGGCGCCCUCCCAGGCGUCCCUCUCCACCUCCCCAAGGCAGUCCAUGGGGCUCUCCCAGCACAGCCUGAACCUCGCCGAGUCCAGCAGCCUGGACAUGUUGCUGGAUGACACUGGUGAAUGCCCGGCUCGGAAGGAAGGAGGCAGGCAUGUUAAGAUAGUUGUCAGCUUUCAGGAGGAAAUGAAGUGGAAGGAGGAUUCCAGACCACACCUCUUCCUCAUCGGCUGCAUUGGAGUUAGUGGCAAGACGAAGUGGGACGUGCUCGACGGGGUGGUUAGACGGCUAUUCAAAGAGUACAUCAUUCACGUCGACCCCGUGAGUCAGCUGGGGCUGAACUCUGAUAGUGUCCUCGGCUACAGCAUUGGGGACAUCAAGCGCAGCAAUACCUCCGAGACCCCCGAGCUUCUUCCCUGUGGCUACCUGGUUGGAGAGAACACAACCAUCUCUGUGGCCGUCAAAGGGCUCGCGGAAAACAGCCUGGACUCGCUGGUGUUCGAGUCCCUGAUCCCCAAGCCCAUCCUGCAGCGCUACGUCUCCCUGCUGGUGGAGCACCGGCGGAUCAUCCUCUCUGGGCCCAGCGGCACUGGGAAGACCUACCUGGCCAACCGGCUGUCAGAGUACUUGGUGCUCCGGGAGGGACGGGAGCUGACAGACGGGGUCAUCGCCACCUUCAAUGUGGACCACAAGUCCAGCAAGGAACUGCGCCAGUACCUGUCCAACCUCGCCGACCAGUGCGCCAGCGAGAACAACGCUGUGGACAUGCCCCUGGUCAUCAUCCUGGACAACCUGCAUCAUGUCAGCUCCCUGGGCGAGAUCUUCAACGGGCUGCUCAACUGCAAGGACCACAAAUGCCCUUAUAUAAUUGGCACAAUGAACCAGGCUACCUCUUCUACUCCCAACCUGCAGCUUCAUCAUAACUUCAGGUGGGUGCUUUGUGCCAACCACACGGAGCCCGUGAAGGGUUUCCUGGGCCGGUUCCUGAGGCGGAAGCUCAUGGAGACGGAGAUCGGUGGGCGGGUACGGAACAUGGAGCUGGUAAAAAUCAUCGACUGGAUUCCCAAGGUCUGGCAUCACCUCAACCGCUUCCUGGAGGCUCACAGCUCCUCGGACGUCACCAUAGGCCCCCGGCUCUUCCUGUCGUGCCCCAUCGACGUGGAUGGUUCCAGGGUGUGGUUCACCGACCUGUGGAACUACUCCAUCAUCCCCUAUCUCCUGGAAGCCGUCAGAGAAGGACUCCAGCUGUAUGGAAGGCGGGCCCCCUGGGAGGACCCCGCCAAGUGGGUGAUGGACACCUAUCCUUGGGCAGCCAGCCCCCAGCAGCAUGAGUGGCCUCCCCUCCUGCAGCUCCGCCCCGAGGAUGUCGGCUUCGACGGCUACUCCAUGCCUCGGGAGGGGUCAACCAGCAAGCAGAUGCCGCCCAGCGAUGCUGACGGAGACCCGCUGAUGAACAUGCUGAUGAGGCUGCAGGAAGCAGCCAACUACUCCAGCCCCCAGAGCUAUGACAGCGACUCCAACAGCAACAGCCAUCACGACGACAUCCUGGACUCGUCCCUGGAGUCGACUCUGUGACGGCCGGGCCACGGAGCCUGCCCUCCUGCCCUCCACCUCCCUCCCCUGCACCACCCUGAGGACGCCCUCCUGAGCCAGCCCCCGGCCUCGGCGUGAGUGCCGCGCGAAGACCCGGACCCUCCUCGUCCUCCAGCCUUGACCUGGGUGCAGGCGCCCCGGGCCAGCCGCCUCGGGACCGCUUCCUUCACAGGGAGAACUGCACCAUCUUCUGUGUCAAUUAUUGUUUUGCCUUGUUGCUGUGACCUUCCUAAGACACUGAAAGAUACUUCUCGGGAAAGGACCAUCACCGUUGAAAUGAAAAGGAUUUAAAAAAAAAAAAAAAAAAGCCAACCCACUUGAAGCUCUGAAACCAAACAGCAUCCUGCCCUCAGCGGCCCAGAGACAGAAGAGAUGAGAGCAGAGCUGAAAACGGAGACAGCAGGGAUUCCUCCGCGCACAGACCCUGCAGCUCCAACCCCGCUGCCGACCUUCCAACACACCGGCCACAGAGAGAUCCGAUGCCAGCUGGGGCCCUUGCUUUGGUCACACUCAACGAACUGCAGAGCCGCAUCACAGGAAAAACUUAGGAAAAACAAAUCGUGCUUUCUCUUUGGUUUGUUUCUUAAAUGGUGCUCUCCUUACCCGAGAGGUAUUUUGCCUGUUCCAGUUCACCCCCGCCUUUCAGACCCAUCAGCCUCCGGUUCAUCCAUAAGUGAGAGUGAGGCCGAGCGGAUGUGGCUGUAAACGCAGAGCCGCAUGUGUCUGUUUCCUUCUCGUACAGAAAUGAAUCAGGUCUUACUCCUGCUAACACUGUGUACAGAGAGAAUUGGUCUACCUUGGCGAACCGAUCACCCCUUUGACAAUGAGGUUGAGUUUCUCCCUUUCUGACUCUGUUGAUUUUGAAGACUUUUUUCCCCCCUCCUUCCCCUCGUGGUCAGAAUCCAUCCUUUGGUGAACGUGAGAACCGCAGGAGUUGGCUUUUGGUUUGGUCCUGCUGAGUUCUGGUUUUCAGUUGUCCCUCCUCACAGUCCUGCACACUCGCUGCCUCCUGCUGGGGCCGGGGUCGCUGUGCCCUUGACAGUGGACCAGGACCCCGUCCUCAGCGCGUGGGUGAGCGGGACCUUGCCUUUCCUCCUCGUCCUCGAGGCUGCAGGACACACGUCGACACCUCCAGCAUGCCAGCCCCGACCUCAGGUGGGGUGUGAGGUCACCUCGCAAAACACUUGCACUUUCCCCAGAACCAACGUGACGUCACACAAGUCAACAGGUGGAGGCAGCUGCUCCCUUCCAGAAGCUCUAGCCUCCGGCGGACGAGCCUUGCCUGACCUCUUCGGUGCUGACCUUCCCAAAGCGAUGCCUUAACUGGUUUUGUACUCACCGUGUUCAUUGAUGAGUGUCGUGCCUGCCUGGGGUCUAUUUUUCUGUUUUCCCCAUCAGAGCAAACAGGGCUAACAAGUCACCUACUCACUAGGAGAACUCAAGCUAAUGUGACUUUUCUCAUCCAAAAGACUCAUUCGUGUGGAUGCGUGACUGUGGGAAAAAGAAAAAGGAAAAAAAAAAAAAAAAAGAUCUUUUUUUUUUUUUUUUUUAGGUUCUUAUCAGUCUCCAGCUAACGCCCUGACUAGACAACGAUCUGUCUUGUGCAGGAAAAGGCAAAAGUUCCUACCAUGUUACAUGACAUUGUUGAGCCAUGCUCUGCUCGUAUGUGUCUUCAACAUACCAGUAUUGGCCGGUGGUCAAUCUUUGAGUCAUUUGUUUCUGUUUUAUUUUUAUCGGACCCCCAUGGGGGGAGUCUCUGUUAAUGAUCAGGGUUUUUACUCCAUUUUUUUUACAUUUCUAUUUCCAGAGGUCCCUCUCUCAACAUCUUUUAUUUUCUUACCACAAGAGCGUGACCUGAAACCAGUCACAUUACAUUUGAUGACACCAUUUGCUUCCUCUUUGAAAGGAAAAGGGGAAUGUGUCCCUCCAGCAGGUGAAUGGAAAACCUCUCAGCGUGCUCUUUUCUUUAAUCUCAGUAAACUCAGACUCUAUUCUGCUAAGCCUUCCUUAGUCAUCUGGGUGUGUGAGUGUGUCUUGUUCUGUUUUGUUUUUCAUAAAAUGUUUAAAGCAUGUAUUUAGCCUGUGACCUCAGGGGUCAGUCACACCCUGAGCCUUCUGGUAAACCUGAAGAAUGGUCCUUCUCAAUUUAUCUCCCAGCAAUGACCUUACACGCUCAUACUGUGAAUUUGGGAGGAGGUGCAAUGGACUUCUCCUCAUGGGCAGUUUUCCCGGUCACCUUGUGAGUAGACACCUGCCAAUAUCCUUUGAAACUUUUUUUUUUUUUUUUUUUUACAGCACCCUCUUUUCUCUUUCUUUUCUCCCCAGUCCCACAGACUUCCCUCCCACCGGGUCCAGGCUCAGCACUGAGACCUCUGUCCCUGGUGCUGCCUGACAAGUGAAACGGUGGUUUCAAGGAGUGUAGCCUUGUACGAGUCACAACUCGGGGUCUUUCCUACAGUUUCCGGAAGCAGGGUUGUCUGAUAUGCACAUUUCUUACUUUGGUCCUGUUUUGCUUUUGUGUCACUCACCUUUGACAAAGUGACUUUGUGCUCAUUUAGGGCUCUGUCCGAAAUGCUUCCAUUUUGCCUUUUUCUACAGUUAGGCUAAUUUUGAAAAUGUAUGAAAUUCUAUGCAACAUUUGUGUUGAGUUACCAAUGGAAGCCAAAAGUUUUCUUUCCAAACUGCCAAGAAUUUUACAGGCCAUAAGUGAGAUGGGAAUUCCCUUUAGUUUAAGGUGGUGGGUGGGCAGGGGGGGACACGGAACGAGACUUGCCUAGACCUUUGUUGUAUCUUGGGGACAUAUUUUAUUGUUGAUGCUUAAACUUCAAAAUUCUGUGUAUUCGAAUUUGAUAAUGGCGAAUCUACUUCAAAAGGAAAAAAUAAUCCAACUUUGUGGAUACGAAAUGGAAGGUUUGCUGUUUUGAUCUAGUUAUUUCCAGUGGAGCAGUUUAUGAAAUAUGUUCUAUAAGAUGUACAUUUUUUCAUUGUAACAUAGAAAUUGUAAAUAAUUGAUUAAAGUGCUGCAUUUUGAUGAAUUUUUUCUAGCCAUUUUUAAAGAGAAAACUAGGAAUUGAGUAUUUUGUGUACGGUAUGUUUCUGUCCUCCCUCCCCGUCCGCCGUCCCUCUCUAUUUAAUUUUCAUUUGUCAUGAGGUUUUUGGAUUUGCCAGUGAUCUGCCGGAGAUCAUGCCCCACAUCAUAGAGAAUAAAUCUGAUGAUUGUACCAGUCUUAAAUUAUUCAUGAUUCAAUAAAAUUGAUGCUUAUUUAUUCA